AAGACCACUUCCUUCUCAACAUCUCUGGAUCUGGUCUGUAAAGCGGAAGAAUUAUAAAUCAAUCCAAUUGUAUUGGUCACAUACUUGUGUUUAGCAGAUGUUAUAGCGGGUGUAGCGAAAUGCUUGUAACACACUGACUACUUCGGAGGUUGCAUUGCAGUAAAUGCUGCAUGGUUCGCAGCACGUAUAGCUUGUAAUUUGUCUGCUAUUUUUUAGGCUACACUUACUGGGCCUCAGACAAUUAAAACUAUCUGGAAUCUCGGAAGAGGACGUUGUUCCAACAGACUCUGGGGUAGAGGUAGACGACAACAGUAUUUUUGGUGAAUAGGGUGUUGGACGUUUUAUUGACUUUAAUAGAUACAAAUCUUAUCCAGGUGUUGAUAUUUAUAUUUACGUUUGUUCUGGUCUAGCUUUAUCUGAACGCGGUAACAAAGAAAGUAACUAGUGCAGGCUAGCUACAGAUUUACUGUCACGUUUUUUAUUUGAAGAAACUUUGAAGAAAGAACGGCUUCAACGAUGGAUCGGGACAGAGCUAGUCCGUCCCCCUCCACCCUGCCGGAGUCCACUGGUCACAACUCUCCUGGUAGCUCCUUACUGCUGGGUCUGAAGAGGGUUUCUGUGCUGCUGGUCGACUGCAGGAAAACACCAGGGCAGAGUGGAACUGUGAGAGAAGGACACGAGGAGGGGGAGGGAGAUCUGAUUUCAUCAAGGGACACCCCUAACCAUCGUUCUCUUAGUGGGAGGGGCUUAUCGUCUGGGGAGCCUCAACAACAUGUUGCUGAGGAGACAGAGAAGAGUCUCUCCAGAUCAGAGCAUCUCAAGAAACACCAGCAGGGACACACAGGGAAGAAACCUCACCACUGCUGCUCUGACUGUGGGAAGAGUUUCACAAGCCAGAGUGGCUUCAUUAUUCACUGUGAUCAGUGUGGGAAGAGUUUUGCUGCAUCUAACACCUUCAAAUCUAAUGUAAGAAUUCAUACAGGGGAGAAGCCUUACCCUGCCUUGAUUGUGGGAAAAGCUUUGUUAGUGCAGGAGCCUUAACCGUACACCAGCGUGUACACACAGGA